AUGUUCGAACUCGCUUUCAUUGCGGUGCUAGUCGCCGGGGCAAUCUACAUUUUCCUGACUCUUCGCAAAAAUGGAUUCUUCGUGACUGUUGAGCCAUCGGUUACCACCACUCCAAAGCAUCUUGAUAAGCCGUUGACAGUGUACUACAAGUAUCACCUCGGACCAUAUCAGAAUGUAAUGAAAGUGAUCGAUGAAGCGAAACAAGUGCUGUCAACCAGUCCAUCUCCAGUCACUUACUUCGGAAUCUACUACGAUAACCCAGAAACCACUGAUUCUCACUUCCUUCAGUCUGCUGUCGGAGUCGUUUUCGGAAGCGAAGGAAAGGAUCUUCAUGAGGAGAAAUAUGCGAAGGAAUUGCAUGAUAAUGGAUUCGAGAAGUUCGUAAUGCCAAAGGUCGAGAGAGCAGUUCAAGCUGUUCAGCCAUCUACAGGAGGAUUCGCAUCGUUCUUGGCUCUCGUUUGGUUCACCUACUCCACAAUCAGAAAGUACAUCACUGAUAACAAACUUGAAACAACCUACGCAGUCGAGUUCUACACUGACAACGAGAUCGAUGUCAUCUUUCCACUGGACGAUGCCAAUGAGUUCCUCGUGAAAGACUACCAGACAAUUGAUCAGCUUGAAAGUGAAGCCGCCAAAAAAAGAUUCGAUUCAUCUGAGGAGGAUAGUGAAAGCGAGCCAGAAGGAGCCGAAGAGACAGAGCAAGAGGAGGAGAAAUAA